AUGACAAGGCGUCGUAGUAGUCAGCCGGACAUUCGUAGCCGAACCGAUAGCCAAUCCAGUUUAAUGCGUCGGAAGAGCAUUACGGAAACGUAUCCAAGACCUUCUGUUUUUGGAGGACAUGAUUUGUUGCUCGAUCCUCUUUACACUGUUCAAGCUAUGCAAGUAGGAAACCAUCCGGAAAGUCCAAUAUAUAAUGUUCGAAAGCUUUUGGAAGCACAUUUAGAGGAAACUCCAUUGAUUUAUACUGAAAUGUUGGAUUUAGACAAGAAUGAUGAGGUCAGAAAGCACUGGAAACAAGUAGCCAGAUGGAUCAGGUAUGAGCAAACAAUUGAAGGUGAUGGUACACGAUUUUCUAAACCACACAUCACUCUUCUAUCGGUAAUUAGUUUGAUACAGCUCAAGAAUUGUCUUCGUAAAGGAGUCACUAUGUUGGAUGUUGAAGCACACUCAUUUAACGAAGUUGCAGAUAUGAAAAGUGUUACGAAAAAACUACUGAAUGAAGGUGCCGAGAAUGAUGUGCAGGAAGAAAAUAUUCUUGAUUUAGCAUCUAAAGAAAUGAAAAAAUUGGCAGAGGGUACAGAAGGAGCGGUUGUUAUGGCUGGAAUUUUUAAUGGUAUUGAUAGACCAGUAUGUGCAUUUCUCCGACUUGACACAGCUAAGGUUUUUUUUCCGGAAUUACCGAAUCUGCCGAUACCUUUAAGAUUCGUAUUUGUCUUACUCAACCCUCAUGAUCAUUACGACAAUGAAACACGUGAUAUUGGUAGGGCUGUAGGUGCAUUGCUUUCGGAUGAGAUAUUUAGGAAGGUAGCGCUGUGUUCACUUGAACCGUAUACGAUAGCUGAUGCACUGGAAGAAUUUUUUGCUCAAGUGGUGGUUAUACCACCUGGAAAUUGUAGUACGGAAACACGAUGGGAACCGAAUGCUAAUUCAGACCAAAUAGCUCGAUCAGUCGGGAUGCUUUAUGCUUCGUACGAUGAUCCAUUUGAUGGAGAACCAAUUUUGGAUGGUAAAAAGGAUAUACACACUGACAUCGUGCGCAGCGGUCGCUUAUUUGGGGGUUUGUGUAAUGAUAUCAAAUGUAAAGCACCAUAUUUCGUAUCCGACUUCACCGAUUUCUUCCAUGGUCGAUGGAGUCAAUCUUUUGCAGCAGUCAUAUUUUUGUUUUUCGCAAAUCUUACAUCGAUUAUCACAUUUGGUGCAGUGAUGGAACGAGCAUUGCAUCAUCAUAUUGCAGCUGUCGAAAAUAUCCUAUGCGGUGGUAUCAGUGGAGUCGUAUUUGGCCUCUUUUCUGGACAACCUCUUAAUAUUCUAUCGGCUACCGGUCCAACGCUCGUUUUUGAAACAAUUUUGUUCGAUUUUUGUUUAACACAUGGCUGGGAAUUUUUACCAUUUCGCUUUUGGGUUAGUGUAUGGAUUGGCAUGGUACUGGUUAUUUUGGUUGCAACCGACAUGUCCGCCCUCGUUGGUUUAAUUACCAGGUUUACCGAAGAAGCAUUUGCAGCAUUGAUAUCAGUUGUCUUUAUAAUCCAAUCUUUUGAAAAACUUGUUGAAAUCAGUCACGAUGCGCCAAUCAUUGUUGAUCCCAAAAGAGUAUUCGAUUCACCGUGCGUUUGUUAUCUCAACGAGCCAAUGAUACUUUCAAAUAACAUUACUGCACGACCAAGGAUUAUGGAUGUUGAUGCUGAAGAAUGUCGUCGACGUGGAGGCGAAGCGUUUGGAUUACAAUGUCAUUUUAAACCAGACGUUUACAUGCUAUCUAUCUUGUUAACCUUUGGUACUUUCGCAUUGGCUUAUGGCUUAAAUAUUUUCAGAAGAACACAUUUUUUAAAUUCCUUGGUUCGCAAUAGCAUAUCAGAUUUCAGUGUUUUCAUCGCUAUUGUUGUGAUGACAGCUGUUUCGAGAUUUAUAGGUCUUGAGCUACCUGUACUCAAUAUUCCUGCCAAUUUCCGACCAACGAUGGAUCGUCCAUGGCUUGUCAAUCCACUAUCAGUGAAUUGGUAUGUUGCUUUGAUGGCUAUAUUACCAGCUACAUUUUACACAAUUUUGAUUGUCAUGGAUCAACAGAUCACUGCUGUUAUUAUUAAUCGAAAAGAUAACAAAUUGCGGAAAGGUUUUGGUUAUCAUUUGGAUUUGUUGGUGAUUGCAUUCUUGAUAGUAAUUUGUGGUUCGCUUGGAUUUCCGUUUUAUGUGGCCGGAACAGUGCUCUCAGUAAUGCACGUGAAUUCGCUUCGUCUGCAAUCUGAUACAUCAGCUCCCGGUGAAAAGGCACAGUUUCUUGGUAUUAAAGAACAGCGUCUGACAGCGAUAAUAGCUCAUCUGCUUAUUGGUUUCUCAGUUUUUAUAACACCUCUAAUUAAGUUAGUGCCUCUUCCGGUACUUAUUGGUAUAUUUUUAUAUAUGGGUGUUGUUUCAAUGCUCGGUUUGCAGUUUAUCCAAAGAAUUGCAAUGCUUUUUAUGCCUAUCAAAUAUCAGCCUGAUUAUGUAUGGUUAAGAUUGGUUCGUAUGAAACGCGUCCAUUUGUUUACUUUCUUUCAAAUUCUCAGCAUUGUUAGUUUAUUUGCUGUGAAGUAUGCAAAAACAUUCUCAAUGCUAUUUCCGUUGAUGCUGGUCCUCAUGGUAAUUAUUAGGAUGUUUUUUAUGGAAAAAGUUUUCACGAAGCAGGAGCUACUUGCCUUGGAUGACCCUCUGCCUUCAUUCCAUUCUGUUAUUAGCCCGAAUGGACAAUCUGCAAAAGGUAAAAAAGGAACCGUUGAUGAUGAAGAAUUGGAAAAUCCAAGAGAAAUAGAGGAAGGAAAGAAAUCAAAUCACUGA